AGCGCCAACACGCAUUGUGACUUUAUCAGCAAUAUUUACUACCAUGUCGACCCAGUUUCUUAGCCUUAGAGCAAUUGUUUUGCUGGUGAUGAUUCUACAUUUGAGCCAAGUGCAGGCAGCGAACAAUAAUGCAAAACCUGUGGCCCAAGUGCCCCAACCCACUCAAGCCUCACAGACAACCAAGCCCCCAAAAAUCCAGGCUGCAAAAUGCUUGCAACCCUUGGAUCCAGGUCCAUGUCGCAUGAGCUUGGAGCGUUAUUACUACAAUAAGGAUAAGAAUGCCUGCGAGACUUUCAAAUUUGGUGGCUGUCGAGGCAAUGAUAAUUGUUUUGGCUUCAAACAGACCUGCGAAGAGGCUUGUCUAGUGAAGAAAUGAAAGUGUUUUUUGAUGUAAACAGGAAAAUUAAAAAUAAUUUAAGAAAAAUUAUUGUCAAGGAUACUCAAAAACGAAAAAAUAACUAAAAGAAAAUUACACUGUUUUGAUAAUUUAUUGAAUAUCAUAGUCAAAUUGGAGAAAUUUUUCAUUUUCAAAACUUUUUAGUUUAUGGGCAAUACAAAUGGGAGCAAAUUUUACCAUUUAAAUUAAAUAAAAAGGCAAAUAUAAUGAAAUGCAGGUACAUACAUACAUACAUACAUACAUCAACAGAUUACAUAAUGAGAUUAAUAUCAGUUUUAAUUACAGAAAUUCUGAGAACCAUAUUUUUUGCCUUUAUAUUACAAAAAUUGUACUCCUUUUUGAGUGUAAAAUUUUCUUAAACGUUCAGUUUCUAAAAGUCUUCUAUUUGAUUCAAAUAUAAUCUAUAAUUCUUUCAAGUUUGAUAUUUUUUAUAAAUUGAAGUGAAACCCGAAUAAAUUUAUUAUUUGUUGUAAAUGUUCUUACUUAAAUUAGACUGACAAAAGCAAAUGAAAUUUUAAAAUUAAAUAAAAAGUUCGAAACCUCUUUA